AUGACCUCUACAUAUCCCAACCCUCACCUACUACUAUACCACAAAUCCCCGCCCGAAACCACCCAGCAGCUGACUAACCAAUCCGGGAAAUUAUUCUUCCACCAAACAAUGACCCUGACCUCCCUCAUCCCAACCCUCACACCCCCUAAUGCGCAAGCAGACUCGAAGCCGACUCCCAAUUACACUCCCGAGUCCGUCCCGCGCAUCAAAAACGCAAAACGGCUGAGCACCACCCGCCGGAAACAGCUUAUCCGGGCUGCGGCGCGAGAAUACGAUGAUCCGCCGCCGCCGCCGGGGCUGGGGGAGUGCUGUGGAAGUUCGUGUGACCCGUGCGUGAAUGAUCUCUGGCGCGAGGAGUUGGCAUGCUGGAGGGAGAGGUGGGGAGAUACUGUCGUAGACAGGAAGGGGGAUGAUGCUGUUGAAGAGGAAACAACGACGAAGGAGGAAGGGCAUAAAGAUCAAGAGUGUCGGCAGCGGAUGCCGGGGAGUUUUGACUGGUAG